UUGGAACCAAUGUGAGUGGGUGGGAUAACAUAUCGGGUUCAGUGGCGCGCUUGCCGGGGGAACCAGAGGAGUCAGUCUGCGAUUGUCCGCGACACGGUUGCUAUCAGUCAACGCUAUCUCGUCCUCUGUCCUCUCCUGUCAGUCCUUUCCUCUCCUACCCUCAAGGAGUCAAUCUACUAAAGUCCCAAAAAUUCAGGAUCCACAAAUAAUUGCUACAUUUCUCAGGUGUGUCCUUAUCACUCUCUUCAUCUACUAUUCUUUUACAGUCGUAUCUUAAAUUAACUUUUCCAAUGAUUUACCAUCAUUGAUGGAAUCAUUCCUGGUAUCAAUUGUGUGAGUCCAUCAGGGUUUCAUUUUUUCUCACCUAAAGGAUGUCAUCGAUUAUGUAAAGUUUCCCUCCAAAUGUUUUAUUUACAAUUACUUACGAAUUCUGUCAUUCUAUGAAAAUGGGUUUAAUCUUCUUAACCUACUGAACAGUUAUCGAAACUGUAAACAGUUUAUCGAAACUAGGAUCAUACAGUAAGUACAUACCAAAAGCGCCUAAUAGUCAGCCUAAUAGUUGAGAUAUGAAAAUACAGUUCAGAAUCAUUAAUUCUUUGAAACCUACUUUUUAAACCUCCCUUAAAAAAGAAAAGUCGUCCGAUUAUCUUAAACUCUUAUUGCGGAAUCUACAUUUUUUUGGAUAGUAAACAUUUCGGAAUUUAUAGUAAUUUCCUGGCUAAUUGAAAUUAGCUAAAUAAUUGACAAAGAAGUCUUCGGAAUCAUUAAAUUUAGGAGUGCUUUUCGCGCAUUCUGACGACGGACCUCUCGGCACUCACGUGAGGAAACAUUGCUCCCAAUCCGCAACAUCGAUUCCCGUCUUCGACCUGACAGCUUUAAAGGGCGAAUGUUUUGGACGCGUAUCUCGGGAGGGUUAACAAUUUUCGAAGCAACAGUUAGAAUUUGGAACGAACUGGAACGAAACAAAAUAAAUUGGAUGAAAAGGGGAGAUAGCCGGUGAUGGACAAUGAGCAACCCCACCAAGAGUUGGUCAAGUGCGUGGUUGUGGGGGACACUGCUGUUGGAAAAACCAGAUUAAUUUGUGCCCGAGCUUGUAACAAACAUGUCUCAUUGUCGCAACUACUCACCACCCACGUACCCACAGUCUGGGCCAUCGAUCAGUAUCGAAUUUACAAAGAUGUACUAGAGCGAUCAUGGGAGGUCGUAGACAACGUCAAUGUUUCAUUGCGUCUUUGGGACACCUUCGGCGAUCACGAGAAGGAUCGUCGAUUCGCAUAUGGAAGAUCCGACGUUGUGCUACUUUGUUUUUCAAUAACAAAUCCCGUGUCUUUGCGAAACUGCAAGGUGAUGUGGUAUCCAGAGAUUCGGAGAUUUUGUCCCCAGACACCGGUACUAUUAGUGGGAUGUAAAAAUGAUCUGCGAUACAUGUACUGUGAUGAGACUUAUUUAAGUUAUUUUCGUGACCGCAGUCCUUUUGUGAGAGCGACGCGCAAAAGUGAUUUGGUAAUGCCAGAUGAGGCACGAGCAAUGGCAAGAGAUCUCGGUGUUUCCUACUACGAAACUAGUGUUUUCACUUAUUAUGGGGUCAACGAGGUCUUCGAAAAUUCCAUAAGGGCUGCCUUGAUUGCGAGACGUCAGCAACGUUUUUGGAUGACGAAUCUCAAAAAAGUACAAAGGCCUUUUUUGCAGGCACCCUUCUGUCCACCGAAACCUCUUCCACCGGAAGUGUGCCUCACACCUAGCACAUAUGAAGAAAACAUGAAAACACUGUGGACCAAACCUGUUCACACUGAUGUUAUACUCAUCACCGGAAGUUGUUCCCUGCAUGCUCAUCGUUGUCUUUUAGCCGCAGCUUCACCUGCUUUUCAUCGUCUCUUUGCCAUGGAACUCAUUCAAGAAUACACUCCCCGUAGUUCCAGUGAAUCUAGUAUGGUUAGCACUUUUGGUGAAGCCACUGUUGGGGAUUUUAAUGAUGAUACUGAAUGUUUGAUCCGUAUUGAUCAAAAUAAACCAACAAAAGUUUGGGAACAAAUUAAGAGACGUUCCAGCUUCCAAGUACUGCCAACAGUGGACACAAAACCCACUGGAGUUUCUUCAAGAGAACUGAAUCAUCCGGCCUUCCAAAGUAUUAGAUUAGCUAUGAUCGAAAAUGCCUAUGGGGUACAACAGCAAUCAACAAUCAUAACCCUUUCAAAACUCGUUACUCCCCAUUGCAUAAAGCAAUGCUUGCAGUUUAUUUACACCGGCAGUUUGGACAAAAAGUACCACGAUUUGCAAGAAAUAAGACAAGCGGCUGAAUUUCUCGAGUUGCAUCAAUUGCUAAUGGUGAUUAACAGUAUUCAAACAAGAGAACCGCAAUUUAUCACUAACGAUCUUAACAACCAGUACAAACAAGUUGUGAGACAAAGAUUGGAAAAUUUGUGUUUGGAACAAGGACUAUUUGCUGACGUUGUUUUCGAUUUGGAUGAUGGUAGCAUGCCUGCCCAUCGAGCAAUUGUUGCCGCCAGGUGUGAUAUGAUGAAAGCCAUGUUCUGUGGUGAUUUUCGUGAAAGUAGUGCGAAAAUUAUUGUUUUCCCUGGCGUUAGAGAAUAUACCUUCCAUAAAUUACUGUGUUAUCUUUACACUGAUGAGGUGCCUGUUAUAAUCGCAACCAAGUGCUUGAAUCUUUUAGAAUUAGCAAACAGACUUUGUUUACCUCGACUCGUAAAUCUGGUGGAAAAUCGCGUGAUUGAGGAUUUGGAUCGCAUCUCCCAAAAUGAUGGAAAUGAAGCAGUUGAGAUUUGUUUAAGACUUCUGGAACCGUGCAAGUUAUACAAUGCCGAUCAACUGGCUGAUUGGUGCAUGAAUCAUCUUUGCGUCAACUACAACAAACUCUGUAAAAUGUCUCCUCGAAGCGUGAAACUUCUUCAUCCUGAAAAUCAGGAAUAUUUGAACGAACACCGUUGGCCACCAGUAUGGUACUUGAAAGAUUAUGACUACUAUCAAAAAUGCCUAGCCGAACAAGAUAAAGAGAGCAAGCCAAAUUUGAAAAGAAAUCGAAAUCAAUCAGGUUGCCUUUGUUUUUCGUCAUCAAAUAAGAACAGACGAGAGGAAAGUACACCAAAUCGUCCAUUAUUUGAAGCGUCAAUUGAAUCAAUUUGACGAGAGCCAAGCGGCUUUAGCCGCUCAUUCAGACUCACUUUUCCUGUGCUCAUCAUAUUUGUCUGCACUAUUUUUACCAUUUUGAUACUGCUACAGAUUUAUACUUAAAAAAAAUCGACUAAUUAUAUAAGAUGCGUAUAUAUACAUACAAUAACGAGGACUGCAUUCGAUUAUAUAAAAAAUUAUAUCUAUACCAGAUACCAGUUCCCAUUACCUACAUCAUAUCUACUAUAAUUGUCAAAAAAAAACUCCCAUCGACUAUUUCAGUCGCAAAGUGAUAGAAUAUUUAAUUAUAAUAAUUAUAAUCGCAUGAUGAGAAUUAAGUUUACUUUUAAAUAUAUUUCGAAAAAAAAACUUUCGAAAAUAACAAUUUUUCAGAGUGAGAAAACAUAAUAUUAUGAGGAAAAACAGAGAUAACUUUUUUAAUGAUUUUAAAUUAUUAAAAAUUAUUAUCCUUUGUCCAUGAAAAUAUAUUUGACGCGCUUCGAAGAAAGGAACCUAAAAAAGCAAAUCGUUUUGAGGUUAUGUUUGUUAUUUUCUGUUUUUGUUUAAUUGCGGAAAAAGA